AUGGCAGCGAUCAGGCACCAUCCAGACAAAUCGGGCAUUGACGAAGCCAUUGCUAUGGACAUUAAAGAUUGCCUCGACCAGCAUAACGCCCUGGUUAAGAAAUACCGUAUGACGUCAGAAAUCCUUCGCCAAGACAACACUGCUGAAGUCAAGAUACGCCUCCUCAGAGAAUCAAACAAUACGAGCAAAAAUUACGAGCUGCCAACGAAAUCAGAGGUAGCCGCAUUGAUAGUUGGAGAUUUUGAUGAAUCAUAUGUCAACAGAGACAUAAUCAUAGAAAAGAAAGCAGGCUCCUUGAAGCGCGUCCAUGAAUUGCACAAGUCGUACUUGCCUCUUCAAUAUCCCCUCAUCUUCCACUACGGUAAUAACAGCUUCGUAUCGAAGACGGAACAUAACGAUGCAUCUCUUAUUAGCACUAGGAAGAAAAAGUACCUCACAAUAAGAGAGUACUUAGCUUUCAGACUGAUGGAUAGAAAUAUAAAGGAGUCUGUGUUACUGCACUCAAAGAGGUUAUUACAACAAUUCAUCGUAGACGGCUUCGCAAUGGUUGAGAGUGAGAGGCUCGACUACAUAAGGAGACACCAGAGAGAGCUCAGGGUUGACCUAUACAAAGGACUCGUUGACGCAAUAACAAGGGGCGAGACAGAUGCGUCCAACACAGGAAAGAGGAUAAUCCUACCUUCUUCUUUUACUGGAGGUGCUAGAUACAUGAUCCAUAACUACCAAGAUGCAAUGGCCAUAUGCAAAUGGGCUGGAUACCCCGAUAUCUUCUUGACCUUCACCUGCCAUCCAGCAUGGCCUGAGAUAACAAGAUUAUGCCAGAAACACAACCUCAACCCAUCCGAUCAACCUGACAUCUUGACGAGGAUGUUCAGCCUCAAACUUGCAGCACUGAUGAAAUGCAUUAAGGAGCAAAAAAUAUUCGGCAGAAUAAAAGCAGAGCCACUUGACAAACCCAAGACAGCUGAGGACGUCGACAGAAUCAUCUCAACAGAGAUACCUGACAAGGACGAAGACCCGGUGCUAUUUGAGCUUGUCACCAAUUUCAUGAUGCACGGGCCUUGUGGUCCCUCCAAUCGGAAAUCACCUUGCAUGAAAGAUGAAAAGUGCUCAAAGUACUUCCCAAGAAGAUAUGCGCCACACACAAUAAUAGAUGAUGAUGGGUACCCCACAUACCGUAGGAGGAACAAUGGCACAACGACUGUGAAGAAAGGAAUUCAGUUGGACAACAGAUAUGUCGUCCCGUACAAUGCUCAACUAUUACGACUCUUCCAGGGUCACUUAAAUGUCGAGAAGACAAACCAAUCAAGGGCUAUCAAGUAUUUGUUCAAAUACAUCAGCAAGGGCCACGACCAUGUCAUCGCAGGGAUCUACCACAAUGAUGAGCCUGGAAGCUCACGACCCGAUUUUGAUGAGAUCUCACAUUACCUUAACUGCAGAUACAUCUCAGCCUGUGAGGGCGCAUGGCGAAUAUUCUCAUUCGACAUCCACCACAGGUACCCCUCUGUCGAGAGACUGAGCUUCCAUCUACCAGAGCAACAGGCUGUUUUUUACACGGCCAACGACGAAAUGCCAUCCCUGAUUGACAGGCCACGGGUAAAGGAGUCAAUGUUCCUUGCAUGGCUCGCCAAGAAUAAAGAAGACUCAUUCGUAAGGACCCUAACAUAUUCCGAGUUCCCACAACAUUACACUUUCAAUAAGCAGAUGAGGGAGUGGAGGUUGCGCCAAAGAGGCUUCUCUGUUGGGAGAUUAGCUCACGUAUCACCAUCCCAGGGCGAGGCUUACUACCUCCGGGUCCUGCUGACUAAGAUGAGAGGGCCCCUUAGCUACAGAGACAUCAGGACAGUAGACAACAUCGUCCAGCCGACAUUCAGGGCGGUGUGCUAUGCGCUGGGGUUGCUUCAAGAUGAUCAAGAGUACAUCGACGCGAUAAAAGAGGCGGCAUUCUGGGCUACAGGUCAGUACCUCAGGAGGUUCUUUGUCAGCAUGCUCUUAUGCCACUGCUUGUCUGACCCCACUUCAGUCUGGGAGCAAACAAAGCAUCUCAUAUGUGAAGACCUUCUGUACAUUCCACGUCACGACCCACGACAUCAAGGUAAAAUAGACACUACCUGA